AUGGCCAAACCGGUAGAGGAGAUCCCGCCCAACGGGGAGAAAAACGGGUCCUUCAACGAAUCCAAAACCUCUGUACGGGCCGAGAACACCGAUACUUUUGCUGAUGGAGGGCACGAGGAGUUAUACGCACCCAUUGAGAAGUAUGAAGGUGCACAUCGCUAUGACCCUAGUUUUCAAUGGUCAGAGCCGGAAGAGAAGCAACUAAUCAGAAAGCUUGAUUACAAAAUUUGCGCAUGGGUCUGUCUGAUGUUUUUCGCGCUUCAACUCGAUAGAGGCAAUAUAGCACAGGCGUUGUCAGAUAACAUGCUCAAUGAUAUCGGUCUCACCACCAAUCAGUACAACUAUGGCCAGACAAUCUUCUACAUAAGCUUCCUUUGCGCUGAGCUGCCUUCACAGAUGAUCAGCAAGAAGCUUGGUCCCGAUGUAUGGAUUCCUAUUCAGAUGGUAUCAUGGAGUAUUGUGGCCUGCUGCCAGAGCCGUAUCACGGGCCAGUCCUCCUUCUACGCCACCCGUGCUUUGAUGGGGCUCAUUGAAGGUGGCUUCAUCCCUGAUGUUGUCCUUUAUCUUUCCUACUUCUACAAGGGCAAGGAAUUACCAGUCCGACUGGCCUUCUUCUGGUCUUCUUACAUCAUGACCAACAUUGUCUCAGCGUUUUUGGCCUUUGGAAUUCUGCAUAUGCGUGGCAUCUCUGGUUGGGCUGGUUGGCGUUGGUUAUUCGCCCUCGAAGGUGGCUUGACAGCCAUAAUUGGCAUUCUGUCAUGGUUCUAUCUGCCACCAUCUCCAACACAGACAGCAAGCAGAUUUAGAGGCAAGGAUGGCUGGUUCUCUGAGCAGGAGGAGAAGAUCAUGGUGAACAGAAUUCUCCGAGAUGAUCCCAGCAAAGGUGGAAUGCACAACCGUCAAGGUCUGACUCCUAAACUACUUUGGGAAGCGAUGAAGGAUUUCGACUUGUGGCCUGUCUACAUCUACGGACUCACAUGGUCAAUUCCAACGACUCCCAUCACGGCAUAUCUUACGCUGAACCUCAAAUCUCUGGGCUUUGACACGUUUCAGACGAACCUUUUGACUAUCCCGGCAUAUGCACUCUACCUGAUUCAGCUGCUUUUCUGGACGUGGUACUCAGAAAAAAUCAACAACCGGUUCCUUGUGGUCCUCAUCACGCAACUAUGGGUGCUUCCUCUAGUGAUUGCGUUGGAGCUUCUCCCCACUAGUGCAAGCCCAUGGUCUUGGUAUGCACUCAGCGCCCUGCUGAUCGGCAACCCCUACACCCACGCAAUCCUAGUCGCUAUUACCUCUAGAAAUGCUGGUACGGUCCGCACUCGCACAGUUGGUAGCGCUUUCUACAACAUGUGUGUGCAAGCCAGCAAUAUCAUCUCUUCCAAUAUCUACCGAACUGACGACGCACCGUAUUACCGGAAGGGAAACAAAGUCUUGAUUGCUGUUGUAGCGUGGAAUAUUGUCUACGUCUUCGCUAUGAAAGGUUAUUAUAUGUGGAGGAAUAAACAAAAGGAGACGCGCUGGGGCGUAUUGACAACUCAAGAAAAAGACGAGUAUCUAAAAACCACGACAGACCAGGGCAGUAAGAGGCUUGAUUUCAGAUUUGCUCAUUAAGCAGGUGGAACUAGCUAGUAUCCCGCCGAGAACAGCACACGUGUCGUUCUCACAAAUGUUACACAGUCUAGGAAGUAAUAUCAUGCUAGAACGAAUUGCUUAAAUGAAACCGAGCCUAUAAUUUACACA